AUGGCUAAACCGACGUUUAAUCUACAAAACACUGUGUUAUUCCUCCUUUUGUUUGUCCAGCAUGUAUUUGGUGUGGACUACUUCGCGCGUCUGGGCGCACAAAGUGUCUUUCUCCAGCGGGCGAAACGCCAAAGCACACCUGUAAAACCAGCGUUGAAGAUAACUGACUACCGGGUACAGUGUUCUGUGGUGUCACGCUACGCCCUCACCACUGUACACAGUACAGUGUGGAACCAGCUGCCUCUCACCAAGGAGGCUGCUUUUCAGGUGGACCUGCCUCCUUCUGCAUUCAUCUCUAACUUUACCAUAACCUCCAAUGGCAAAGUGUAUGUUGCCCAAGUGAAAGAAAGGAGUGCAGCCAGAAAGAUCUAUGAUGCUGCCAAGAAGCAGGGAAAAACUGCAGGCCUUGUUGCAACCAAAGAACGGGAGAUUGAAAAGUUCCGGGUGGCAGUCAGUGUGCCCUCUGGGGCCUCAAUGUCCUUCUCUCUGACCUAUGAAGAGUUGUUGUCACGACGACUUGGUCAUUAUGAGCUUGUUCUUGGCCUGCGACCUGGGCAGCCUGUCCAGAACCUUUCUCUGGAUGUCAGCAUAGGAGAGAGGACAGGCAUCAGCUUCAUGAAAGUCCUGCCCCUCAGGACAACACGACUGCUCUCCAGUACUGUCCAAGGUGAGGUAAAACCACCCCCAUCCACCCAGAUCCAGCAAGGUCCUGGCUGUGCUCAAAUACAUUACAGCCCCACUCCACAGCAACAGAGAGCUAUUUCCCCUAAAGGCCUCAACGCAGACUUCAUCAUCCAGUACGAUGUGGAGCUCAAAGACCUUAUGGGUGACAUUCAGGUGUAUGAUGGCUACUUCGUUCAUUACUUUGCGCCUCGGGGUCUUCCUGUUGUUCCCAAAGAUGUUAUCUUUGUUAUUGACAUCAGUGGUUCCAUGACAGGCACCAAAAUCAAACAGACCAAGCAAGCAAUGUCAACAAUCUUGGGUGACCUAAGAGAGGGUGACUAUUUCAAUUUAAUCACCUUUUCUGACAAAGUUCAUAUUUGGAAGAAAGGCCGCACGGUGCAGGCCACACGACAGAAUGUACGAGAGGCCAAGGAGUUUGUAAAGAAGAUUGUUGCGGAAGGAUGGACAAACAUAAAUGCGGCACUUCUUUCGGCGGCACAGCUGGUAAAUCCUUCGUCGUCAUCGUCCACCAAACGAAACACAGCAACUCGCCGUGUCCCAAUGAUUAUCUUCCUUACCGAUGGAGAGGCCACAAUCGGGGUGACUACUGGGGACAUCAUUCUGCGCAACGCGAAAAACGCCCUGGGCUCAGCCUCACUUUUUGGUCUGGCGUUCGGAGAUGAUGCUGAUUUCCCCCUCCUGAGGCGCCUAGCCCUAGAGAACCGUGGCGUGGCUCGCAUGGUGUAUGAGGAUGCUGAUGCCACACUCCAGCUGAAGGGCUUUUAUGAUGAGGUGGCCAGCCCACUGCUGUCUGACAUCCAGCUCAGCUAUCUCGACAACCAGGCCUAUGACAUCACCCGUGCCCUGUUCCCUAACUACUUCCAGGGUUCUGAGUUAGUUGUAACUGGCCGGGUAAAGCCUGGGGUACGUGACCUUAAGGUCUCCCUGAUGGCUAAUGAUUCAAAGCAGAAGUUUAGGAUUGAGACUGACCUGGCAGUUCCCAAAGCUGAAGGGAAUGGGACGGCACAAUGGCCCGUCUGCCCUGGUGGAUUGGAAGGAAUUCCGAGCUUUGUUCGACGUCUCUGGGCCUACUUAACCAUCAAAGAGCUGUUACUGGCUAAACUCAACAGCACUGACACAGUAACCCAGCGUCUGCUGUCAGAGAAGGCCACCAACCUCUCCCUCAAGUACAACUUUGUCACACCUGUAACCUCCUUGGUGGUGGUCAAGCCAGAUGUUAAGGAGAGUCCAAAACCGACCAUUGGCUCCUCAACAUCUGCUACCACCAAAGCACCUGCUACUUCUUCUGCCACCACUACAACUGCAAAUAUGACGAGCCAAAAUUCAUCCAAAAAGCCUCGGACUAGCAAACCUCCACCUACAAGACCCCCUCGCCCACAGCCCCCACCUGGGUUGCACACCACAGGUCGCCCAUCCCCAGGAAAAACAGUCCCUCCUCCAUCAGCAAAAAAGACUUCAACACCACCCAGCCUGUCAAAAACUUCCCCAGUUGCAGUUUCUGGUAAAUUGCCUACCACACCUCUUAGCGCCACCAAAACCGUGCCAGCCCCUGGCCCUGAGAGAAGCACUGAUUACCCUACCUCUGCCAAAAUAAGCCCUACCACAAAGACCUCCACCGCACCCCCUAGUGCGGUCAAAACCAUUCCUGUCACUCAGGCAGCCAAAACUACACCACUGCUAAAUCCAGUCAAAACUGCACUUCCAGCUGAGCCAGACUUAGAGAAUUCUUCUGUUGCUGACUUACACCAGUCACAAGUCACCACUCUCCAUUCUGGGCUACGGGAUGAGUCCUCUUCCACGCCAUCACCGGUGGACACAGACUCUGACAGCAACCUAAAUAUUGCUACUUUGGUGGCUGGCACCUUUGCACCCAUGCCAGGAGUCACAGAUGUGCCCAAGCCAUGGGAAGCAGCUGGUAUUUUGGAUGUCUCCACUUCCAUUCAGUUUCAGAGAAAAGACAUUGAUCUAGUGAAAGAUUAUGAUGCAACCUAUGACUAUGACUAUGACUACAGUGUGCAUUACGACACAUACUCAGAUGCUGAGGAAGAUGCAUCUCCAGACAGCAUCACAACACUCAGCUCUGUUAGAGUCUUCUCAUCCUCAGUGGAUGGAGACCCACAUUUUGUGGUCCAGAUUCCAAAACUGCAUGAGAACCUGUGCUUCACCAUUGAUGGAAAUGCCAAUGAUGUUCUUCGACUAGUGGAGGAUCCUGAACAAGGCAUUACAGUGAAUGGCCAUUUGAUGUUGGCUCCCUCAAAGCUGGGACUAGAAGAUCGCACUCGCACUUACUUUGACAGGAUAACCAUCAUAUCUUCUGUCAGCAACUUCAUGAUCACACUGACAGUAGAUGCUGUGGUGGUAGAGGGGGAGGAACUUGAGAUGCUACCCACCAAUCAGCAAGGAUCUGUGACACAAACAGGCUUGAGAGUUGUUGUUGACAGCCAGGGUUGCUGGAUUGAACUGGAGAGAAAUGUCCGUUUUUUGAUUCUCUUCCAUCAUUACAAACAUCCCAGUUACUUUCAGAAGGAACACCUAGGCUUCUACAUUGCAGAUGGCAAGGGGCUGUCCCCUCUCACCAAAGGGUUACUGGGCCAAUUCCAACAUGCCAACAUGGAAGUGCUGAGGAUGAAUAACACUGCUGUUGCUGGUUUCCACCACGCUCAGAUCAGUAAAGAGAGCUCUCUAGCACUGGGAAUGUUAAUGACAGGAGACAUACAGAUCCCAGUUUCCUUGCAGAAUAAGAACCUGAAGGACACAUUCAGGAAGCGCCACCCAGCCAGGUGUUGGGUGGUGCCCAAAGUCGAAGUGGAGAAGCUUCUUGGUCAUCCUUACCAGAGCUAUGUGGUGGAUCACCUAUAG